AGGGAGAGAUGUCAGAGGCUGCGCUGGUUCCUCCUGUAGCACCAGUGGGCUUCAGCAGCCAGCAUGGCCGCAGCUGCCUCCAGCCCCUACACCCUGCUCACCUCCGGCUCCAUGAUCCACGCGGACAGCCAGGCCAUGCAGCCCGCGAGCCCCUACAGGGGCCACCAGAAGCUGCUGCAGAGCGACUACCUGCAGAGCAACGGACACCCCCUCGGGCACCAGUGGGAGAGCAGCUGGUCCACCAUGGAGCAGCAGGACGUGAAGCCGGGCAGGGAGGACCUGCAGCUCAUCCACCACCGCUCCCCGCACGUCGCGCACCACUCCCCGCACCACAACAACCACCCGGGGACGUGGGGGGCUCCGGUGUCCCACAGCACGUCCAUCAGCGGCGCGCAGCAGCUCAACCUCUACUCCCAGACCGGCUUCACCGUCAACGGCAUGCUGGAGCACGGCGGCCUCACCCCCCCUCCUCCGCCACCCAGCAGCAACCCGCAGGCCCAGGGCAUGCACCCGGGCCUCAGGGACACGCUCAGCCCCGAGCACGCGGACCUGGGCGCCCACCACUGCCACGACCACUCGGACGAGGAGACGCCCACCUCGGACGAGCUGGAGCACUUCGCCAAGCAGUUCAAGCAGAGGCGCAUCAAGCUGGGCUUCACGCAGGCCGACGUGGGGCUGGCCCUGGGCACCCUGUACGGGAACGUGUUCUCGCAGACCACCAUCUGCAGGUUCGAGGCGCUGCAGCUCAGCUUCAAGAACAUGUGCAAGCUGAAGCCGCUGCUGAACAAGUGGCUGGAGGAGGCCGACUCCUCCACCGGCAGCUCCAGCAGCAUCGACAAGAUCGCCGCUCAGGGGAGGAAGAGGAAGAAGAGGACGUCCAUUGAGGUGAGCGUCAAGGGGGUCCUGGAGACCCACUUCCUCAAGUGCCCCAAGCCGUCGGCGCCGGAGAUCACGUCGCUGGCGGACUCGCUGCAGCUGGAGAAGGAGGUGGUGCGCGUGUGGUUCUGCAACCGGCGGCAGAAGGAGAAGAGGAUGACGCCGCCCGGGGAGCCGCAGCACGAGGGACCCUAUUCUCACAGCGGGGACGCGUCCUCGUGCCACGAUCUCUGACCCCCCGCGUCACGGGGGGCAGGUGGGGGGAUUUCUACAGACUGACCCGGUCCAAAACGGACUCCUGCGACAGGAGCCUCCAGAACAGAACCUGUUCUUUAGUCUGAGGGCAUUCUGGUGUUCCGGUUCUGUUGGAUCUUCUAAAAUGUGCCUCUGAAACAACCCGCAGCGCCUUUGGUUCCAUCAGCUCUUC